AUGCAUGAACCUCAACCGAUUGCCAUUCAAAGACACCAUGCAACCGAGACGAUCGCCGAUGCAGCUCGUCGGCUUGAAGAAUCUACCCAACGACGCCUUGUCCUUCUGAACGAUCGAGCCAGAGCAUUAGCAGCAAGUGCCAAGUUUGAAGCAGCAUUGAAUGACGCGACGACUAUGCAAACGUUAGCACCUUCUUCAGGGAUGGGAUACUUGUGUGCAGGUCACGUGCAUCAGCUACAAGGACGACAUCGAGCAUGCAUUGAUGUAUGUGAUCGAGGACUUUCAGCUGUGCCCUCAUCCGACACCUACUACUACCAGCAGUUGGUUGAUAUGCGAUCCAUGGCAGAAAAGCACAACAACGUAUACGUCGACUUUGUCAAGGAGCUUUCUUUGGAAAUCGUCGAGCUCAUUGUGGAUAACCUCUUUACGGAUGAUACGAGGAUUCGAAUGGAUCAUCUUUGCCAGUAUCUCUCAAUAUCCCAUCUAUGGCGUGAAAAGAUCUUGCAAUCCAUGCGUCGUUUACAUCUUGUCAGUGAGCCGGGCAAGGAUUUGGUUGAUAGCAGUGGAUACAUCUUGAAGCAUACAGCACCCUAUGCAGCCGCAUUGACGAUCAAAUACGAAGCGACUUCGGCCUACAAGUUAUUCCAGCAAUACGAAUUUCCAUCACUACGAUUUCUGGACCUGGAUGAAGUAUACCCUGAGGAUGCUGAUACAGCGACCGCGCUUUUAUCCUUGACAUCGGUGCAAUCGACUGUGACGCAUUUGGAUAUGAAGAUGGAGAAUUUGAAUUAUUCACUUGGUGACAUCCUUGGCACAUUUCCACACCUUGUUUCGUUGACAUGUCACGAUAUCAACAGUGAUCUCACCACUGCAUCUGAUACUUAUCCCCAAUUGAAGGAGCUGAAGCUUUGGAACGAAGAACGCGGGUUUGAAUCGGAUGAUUUGAAGAUGAUGACACAACGACUACCAGCACUCGAGAUAUUUUCAGUGAACCCAUGCCUGGAUACCAGUGCUUUAUCGAUGAUUCAAGACAAUUGCCCCAAGCUCAAGCUUAUCGCUUACAACGAUUAUCGGAACGAGGAAUCCUACAUGCGGCGUAUCACAUACAAGGGCAUCAACGACAAGUCAGGUGGUGGUGGCACUAGCAACAACAACAACAACGACUUGCAAUCACUCAAUGUCAACUUUGUGGCGGGUGACACCUUUGAAGUGGAUAUGCUGGACAUCAUUACAUCCAUCACGCGUAAUAGCCACAGCUUGCAAUCCAUCUUUUUCUGUUACAAUUCAAAGGUCGACGUCAGGAUUUACCUUCCCAUCUAUGAACAUGUUACGCUUAGUCACUUGACCAGCUACACGCACAAGAUCAGCCAUCAUGAGCAUGUGCAGCUUGCCGUAGCUGUGAUUAGGCGAUCACCCCAUUUAAGGGUUAUUGAAUUGUUCAAAGGACCACGGCUUUCGGUGGAUGAUGAUGAUGAUGAUAACAACAACAGCCGACGCAUUUAUUAUCGGGAACUCACUGAAGUAUUUGUUGCCAUGACAGGCCUUGCAGAUUUAGAGGUUGCCGACAUUCGCAUCCAUAGCCGUAAUGCAGCUAUGGGUAUAGAACACUUUCUUCGAUACCACAACAGCAUUGAUUCCAAGCUACGCACUUUGUAUGUCCCAAAGCGUACCGAUUUAUCUCCGGACACGUUGGAGUUGCUGACGGGGUUACCACGAUUGGAAAACUUGACACUGAGGCUGGUGAUAAUGGCGACAUCAAUGGACACAGCAGACGACUUUAUUCGUACGGGUCGCCAAUUACUGGAAUCGUUGGCAAGGAAAUGCCCGCUUAUACACACGCUGACGUUGUACGAUUUCCAUGGCCUUGAACUGCUCUCCUUGCGAUUCUUCCCUAACCUCAAGUCAUUACGCUUAAAAAUCGACAAUAUUGCUUGCUCUGACUUGGUGGUGUUGCUGCAAUGCCCCAAACUCGAGGACUUUUAUAUAAAGCUACGUUCCCCGGCCCCAUACGAUGAGAUAGAUCAAGAACUUGAUACCAUGCUGAGAGAGAAGAUGAGAGUAUAUGCAUCUAAUAGUAGCUAG